CGGCUUUCCACGAGGUCAACUCAACGCCUUCCUCACCACAACGGAAAAAGCGACGGCACACCACCCAGCCGUCCAGCUCUCCAGAGGAAACUCUGCCAGUAAAGAAGAGCCAGACACGGAUCCGAUCUGCGGUGACAGUACCUCCAGCCGGACAGGUUACGAGACGCCCCUCGCCUCUGCCAGAACAGUCUCUCCAGGACGAUUGGAUUCCCACCACGCCGCCACGGGCAAUCACUCCGGACUACUCGCAUGCACGCCGGUCUCCACCAACCGCUACCGAACAGCCCGAGCCUCCAGUCACGUGGUCCUUAGUACGUCUGACGUUACAACCGCCCAGAUUUAGUCGACCACGGCAUCCACCGCUAGGACCACUGGAUCCACGGAAUACACGUCCGAUAUCACCAAGAUCCGAUAUCGUCACUGCGGAUAAGUGGACCCAGACCGGCUCCUACACAUCAUCGCGGAGGCUUAAGCAGCGGGAUAGCCGGAAUCAGCGAGCUCCGCUGACCGACUCAAACAAGUUCUUCUAA